UACUAUAUUGAUGACAUUAUUUCUGCAAUGUUUUCGUCAUAGUUCAUUUGGCUUAGACUAUGGAUGAGAGUCAGUUUUUGAUCAGCCAAGGAAUUGUUGCCACAAGGGGAGGAGUUGAAGCUGGCAAAUAAAGAAGUAUGCUCUACAAGACCACGAACUUAGAAACAGGGCUUGGAGAGUGCAAACUGAGUUGCAAUGACCCCCUCACAGACUCACUUGAUUUUGGAGAACUAUAUUGGCGGCCAGUUUGUGCCAUGUUCCUCAUAUCUAGAUUCUUAUGACCCAUCAAUUGGUGAAGUAUAUUGCAAAGUACCCGAUAGCGGCAGGGAAGAGGUGGAAGCUGCUGUCAAAGCUGCCCAAAAUGCUUUCCCAGGAUGGUCUGCGAAAAGUCCACAGGAAAGGUCAAAAAUAAUGAGCAAGCUAGCAGACCUUAUUGAGGAAAACCUGGAGUCAUUUGCGCAAGCAGAAUCAAAAGAUCAAGGAAAAACCAUUUCUUUUGCCAGAACAGUGGACAUACCCCGAGCAGUAUACAAUUUUCGCUUUUUUUCAUCAUCUUUCCUUCAUAAGACAACAGAAUGCACACAGAUGGAUCACAUGGGCUGCAUUCACUAUACAGAAAGGUCACCAGUAGGAAUUGAUUUGUUUCUUUUUCCUAUCUUUUUGAAAGCUGGAUUAAUUAGUCCUUGGAAUUUGCCACUUUAUUUACUGACCUGGAAAAUUGCCCCUGCAGUCAUGUGUGGAAAUACUGUAAUUGCCAAACCGAGUGAAAUGACAUCUGUCACAGCCUGGAUGAUGUGCAAACUUCUGAAUAAAGCAGGUUUUCCUCCGGGUGUGAUAAACGUCGUGUUCGGAAGUGGCCCCAAAGCUGGAGAUGCUCUUGUUUCCCAUCCGGUGGUAUCUCUGAUUUCCUUCACUGGGAGUACACUCACUGGCCAGCAAAUCAUCCAAAGGUCUGCUUUGUACUGUAAGAAGCUUUCCUUGGAGCUAGGAGGCAAAAACCCAGCUAUCAUUUUUGAGGAUGCCAACUUGGAUCAAUGCAUUCCAGCCACUGUAAAAUCCAGUUUUGCUAACCAGGGUGAAAUAUGCUUAUGUACCAGCAGAAUCUUUGUUCAGAAGAGUAUUUCUAAAGAAUUUUUGAAAAGGUUUGUGGAAGCUGUUAGAAAAUGGAAAGUUGGAAAUCCUUCAGAUCCCACAACUGAUAUGGGAGCAUUGAUAAGUAAAGAUCAUUUAGCAAAGGUAAAGAAAUAUAUCCAGCAGGCUCGGGCAGAAGGGGCCAAGAUCCUUUGUGGAGAGGGAAUAGACUCAUUGGAUCUUCCUCCAAGAAACCAAAAAGGCUAUUUCUUGCCUCCCACAGUUAUCACAGAAAUUGAUGAUGAUUCUUGCUGCAUUCAGGAUGAGAUCUUUGGUCCGGUAGCUUGUGUAAUGGUGUUUGACACAGAAGAGGAAGUGAUUAGGAGAGCCAAUGGAGUCAAAUAUGGCCUGGCAGCCACGGUCUGGUCAAACAAUGUGGGCCGGAUUCACCGUGUUGCUAAAAGUCUCCAGUCUGGAUUGGUGUGGACCAAUUGUUGGCUUAUCAGAGAUCUGAAUUUGCCCUUUGGGGGAAUGAAAGCCUCUGGGAUAGGUAGAGAGGGAGCUAAGGAUUCGUAUGAAUUUUUCACUGAGGUGAAAACAGUUACCAUAAAAUAUACUGAUGUGAACUGAUAGGAAGUAAUUCAUGCCAUAAGUCUGUGUGUGUUGCUUUGUCUCUCUUGAUAUAUUGAGAAAAAUGACAGUCAUGGUUUAUACCUGUAUGUCUGCUAAGUGUACUAGAGAAAGGGUCAUAUGAAAAUAAUUAUAUGAGACUUUA